AUAUAAAAGAAGAUUUAAUUUGAAAAUCCAUUAAAAAGUUCUGGUAAGUUGACCGGAACGGUUUUAUUUAACACGAAUUAACGAAAAAUCCUGCGUACUAGGAAAUGGAGAAAGUGAAUUUUUUAAUAAUUUUGCUGGGAUGUUUCCUGGCAAUUUCCCGGGAUGCCCAGGCAGUUCGAAGAUCUAUUAUAAAUACAGACAUACCCGAAGGCGUUCAUUGUCCUAUCUAUACAAGGAACGCCCUCUACAUACCUCAUCCUGAUUUUUGCGACAAAUUUUUGGUAUGUUUCAAUGGACGCCUGGCCGUAAAGAGCUGCCCGGAUGGACUUCACUGGGAUAAUAAUUCAAAAACAUGCAAUUGGCCCGAGGAAGCUCAGUGUCCCCUAGUUGAAGAAGACGCAAUUGACGAGGAAGUGAAAUGCGACCCUUACGCGAACCCACUCAAAACGACCUUCAUCCGUCACCCUACUGAUUGCUCCAAAUUUUACAUGUGUCAGUUUGGCAGGAAACAUGAAACCCAGUGUCCUGAUGGAUUGCAUUUUAAUAUUGAGUCCUCGGAGUGUGAUUACCCCGAACUAGCUAAGUGUGAAGUGAUCCCCGGUACUACAGCAAGACCAUCAAUAUGUCCGGCGGAAGGUUAUGAAACAAAAGGUUUUCCCGAUGUUUGUUCAAAGUUCGUUCAAUGUGUAGAAGGUCUCGUCUAUGUGAGGUCCUGUCCCAAAGGACUCUUCUGGAGUGAGUCGGAGAAACGGUGUGAAUAUGCUCACAAAUCAGAGUGUAUGAAAGGUCAAAGUGUUCUAUCACCUGGGGAGGACAAUGACGAAGUGACCUAUGUUCCCGAUUGUCCACAUGUCCUUGAUGAGGAUGCGUUUGUUGCACACCCAAAUGAUUGCACCAAAUACUUCCAAUGCUGGAAUGGAAACGCUUUUCUUAGAGAAUGUCCGCAAGGACUACAUUGGAACGCUGAGGACAACCAAUGCGACUGGCCUUCAAGAGCCAAUUGCCCCGAAGCUAUAUCUACUACUCCAGCAACCGAGGCUACUGACGAGCCUACAACUGAGUCCACCGAAGAACCUGAAAUAGACACCACCCUAGAACCCACCGAAGAACCAACAACUGAAUCGCUUGAAACUGACCCUGAUGAAGACUCUACCACAGAACUUACAACUGAGGAACCAGCUACAACAGUCCCAACAACAGACACUCCUGAAGAAAACGAAACAACCCAGCCUCCUACUAAUCCACCAGACACUGAAACAAUCCCAAAAGACGUCGAUUGUCCUCUUGAUACAGAGAACAUGCUGUACAUCCCACAUCCUGAAUCAUGCGAUAAAUUUUUGCAAUGCUUCAAUGGACGCCUCUUCCUACAGAGCUGCCCAGAAGGACUUCACUGGGACAAUAAUUCAAAAACUUGCAAUUGGCCCGAACAAGCUCAGUGUCCUCUAGCCGAAGGUGAUCCAAAUGAGGAUGAAGUGAAAUGCGACCCUGACGCAAACCCAAAUGAAACAACGUUCGUCCCUCAUCCCAGUGAUUGCUCCAAAUUUUACAUGUGUCAAUUUGGCAGGAAACAUGAAACUAAGUGUCCUGAAGGAUUGCACUUUAACGUAGAAUCAUCGCAGUGCGAUUACCCGGAAUUUGCUAAAUGUCAAUUGAUAUCCGACACUUCAGCAAUACCAUCAAUAUGCCCAGCGUUUGGUGUUGAAACCAAAGGAAUCCCGAAGAUUUGCUCAAAAUACAUACAAUGUGUGCAUGGUCGUCCUUAUGUGAGGUCCUGUCCUAAGUUUCUUUUCUGGAGUGAAUCGCGAAAACGGUGCGAUUACGCGCACAAUUCAGAGUGCCUGAAUGGAAGCAGUAUCGUAUCACCCGGAGGAGACGAUAAUGAAGGGGGUUAUGUUCCUGAUUGUCCACAUUCACUUAAUAAGGACACAUUUGUCCCAUAUCCAGGAAAUUGCCGCAAAUACUUUCAAUGCUGGAAUGGACAUGCUUUUGUUAGGCACUGUCCUUUAGGACUUCAUUGGAAUGCUGUAAUUAAUCGGUGUGAUUGGCCUUUCAGAGCUAAUUGCACUGAAACUAUACCAACAACUCCAGCGACUGAGUCCACUGAAGAGCCCAGUGAAGGACCAGGAACUGAAGCACCAGGAACGGAAGCACCGGAAACUGAAGCCCCAGGAACUGAACCACCAGCAACAGAAGCACCAGGAUCUGAAGCCCCAGGAACUGAACCACCAGGAUCUGAAGCCCCAGGAACUGAAGCACCAGGAACUGAUGCGCCUGAAACUGAAGCACCAGGAACUGAACCACCAGCAACGGAAGCACCUGGAUCUGAAGCACCAGGGACUGAAUCACCAGAAACUGAACCACCAGCAACGGAAGCACCGGGAUCCGAAGCCCCAGGAACUAAGCCACCAGCAACUGAACCACCAGCAACGGAAGCACCAGGAUCCGAAGCCCCAGAAACUGAAGCCCCAGCAACUGAACCACCAGCAACUGAAGCACCGGGAACUAAGCCACCAGCAACUGAACCACCAGCGACUCAAGCCCCGGGAUCUGAAGCACCAGGAGCCAAGCCACCAACAACUGAAGCACCGGGAUCUGAGGCACCAGCAACUGAAGCACCAGCAACUGAGUUACCACCCAUUCUACCACCAGCAGAUGGAGCACCAGCAAUCGAAGGACCAAGACCUGAGACUUCUACUCCAUCUGAUCCACGAGUAAACGUUUCGCUCCCUACUUUAAAGUCGAGUUAAUUUCAGUCGAAACUGGACUGUUAAUGUUCCGCAAUAAUUAAUAAAAAAAUUUCAAACGUUUUAAAUCGAUAAA